GGAGAUAAACCUUCAGAGAGACAGUAAAGAACGUUAUGUUGCCGCCAUUUUUACAUGGCCACAACAACCGCUCUCCCCUCUUUUCUUCUCCUUUGUCUUCCAAACAAACCCUACCGGAACCACCACCACCGCCACCAAUCUCUUCUUCUUCCACCAUCCACCACCACAACAACGGUUUCGGUACUUUCUCCUACUAGACCCAAACCCUCAAACCCACUCACUUAUUCAAUUCCCUUUAACCCUAAUCCUCAUCCUCAGAUUCAUCCUACUUACCCUUCACAAACUGUAAGCAAUCUUAACUCAGAUACUGAUAAUCUUGAUUCUUUCUCUGAUAAUUAUCACCAUUUACUUCGGCUUUCCAUUCAUCACCAUGAUUACAGACUUGCUAGAGCUAUUCAUGCUUCAAUUCUCAAACUUCAGGAAGAAAUUGAUUUAUUCAACACUCUUAUUGAUGUUUAUAUCAAACUUGGAAAACUUACUGAUGCUCGGAAUUUGUUUUCUUCCUUAUCCUCUCCUAAUGUUGUCUCUUAUACUUCCUUGAUUUCUGCUUAUGCUAACUCGAAUCGAGAAAAAGAAGCUAUCCGUCUGUUUUUUGCCAUGAGAAGUUCUGGCAUUCAGCCCAAUUCGUUCUCUUUUGUUGCAAUUUUGACUGCUUGUGUUAGAAUUUUGAAUUCUAAAUUAGGUUUUCAAGUCCACUCGUUAAUUAUAAAAAUGGGCUAUUGUUCAUAUGUCUAUGUAUCAAAUGCACUUAUGAGUGGGUAUUUGAAAUGGGGUUCUGUGAAUUCUGCUAUUCAAGUGUUUGAUGAAUUACCCCAACGAGAUUUGGCGUCCUGGAAUACUGUCAUAGCUGGUUUGGUUAAGGAUUCACAAUAUCAGAAGGCGUUUGAAAGGUUUCGCGACUUACAAAAAAGUGAUAGAUUUUGUGUUGAUCAUUUUACUAUUUCGAGUUUACUUACUGCGUCCAAGGAAUCAUAUAGUUUAAGGGAAGGACAAGAGAUUCACGCUCAUGCUAUUAAGAUUGGUUUUGCAUCUAAUGUUAGUGUGAAUAAUGCCCUCAUUGGGUUUUAUACUAAUUGUGGUAGUGCGAAAGAUGUGACUUCUGUUUUCAAGAAGAUGCCUGUUAGAGAUGUUAUAAGUUGGACAGGAAUGGUUACUGGAUGUAUGGAAUUUGGAUUGGUUGAAUCAGCAAUGAAGGUUUUCAAUCAGAUGCCGACUAGGAACUGUAUUUCUUAUAAUGCACUUUUAGCUGGGUUUUGCAAGAAUGGAGAAGGUUUGAGGGCUUUGGAAAUGUUUCGAGGAAUGUUGGAGAACUCCAUGGAGGUAUCAGAUUUCACUUUGAGUAGUAUAAUAACAGCCUGUUCUGUGGUUACAGAUGUGAAGGUCAGCAAACAGAUUCAUGGGUUUGUUGUUAAAUGUGGCUGCGGGUCGAGUAAUUCUUGGAUUGAAGCUGCAUUGAUCGAUAUGUGCAUGAAGUGUGGAAGAACGAGUGAUGCUCAGAAAUUGUUCACCAAGUGGUUGUGUAAACACAACGAGUCGAUGGUCUGGACGUCAAUGAUUUGUGGGUAUGCUCGAAACGGACAUCAUAAUGAGGCAAUGUCUCUUUUCUGCGAGAUGCAAGCCGAUGGAGGAGUGAGGGUGGAUGAAGUAGCAUCUACUGCAGCUCUUACUGUCUGUGGAAGUUUAGGGUCCUAUGAAAUGGGGAAACAGAUCCAUUGUUAUGCUCUUAAGUCUGGUUUUCAGUAUGAUUUACAUGUAGGGAAUGCUACUGUUGCUAUGUACUUCAAGUGUGGAAACAUGGAAGACGCGGUUAAGUUUUUCGAUCUGAUGCCAAAACAUGAUAUAGUUUCAUGGAACGGUUUGAUCAGCGGACAUGUUCUUCACAGGAAUGGAGACAAGGCAUUAUAUGUGUGGUCGAAUAUGGAGGAAAUGGGUAUAAAGCCAGACUCCCUCACAUUUAUGUUACUUAUUUCGGCUUUUAAAUAUACAAACUCAAACCUGUUAGAUCGUUGUCGGGAGUUGUUUUUGUCCAUGCAAAAUCUGUAUGGAAUAGAACCAACUUCUGAACAUUAUGCAUCUAUGAUCAGUGUAUUGGGUUACUGGGAUUGCUUUGAUGAGGCAGAAGAAAUGAUCAAUACCAUGAAUAUUGAAUCUGAUGCUUUGGUAUGGCGUGCAUUACUUGACAGUUGUAGAUUGCGAUCAAAUGCAAACCUUGGAAGAUUGGCUGCAAAACAUCUUCUUGCUAUCGAGCCAAAAGAUCCUGCUUCAUUUAUACUUGUUUCUAAUCUUUAUUCGGCUUCUGGGAGAUGGCAUUGCUCUGAGAAGAUUAGAGAGGAGAUGAGACUGAAAGGGUUGAAAAAGAACCCAGCUCAAAGUCGGAUCAUUCAUCAAAACAAAAUCCAUACAUUUUUUACCAGAGAUAAAUCUCAUCCAGGCACAAAAGAUAUCUACAGCGGUUUGGACAUACUCAUCUUAGAAUCCAUAAAAGCCGGAUAUGUCCCUGACACAAGCUUCGUUCUUCACGAAGUAGAGGAGCAUCAAAAGAAGGAGUUCCUGUUCUACCACAGUGCAAAGCUUGCUGCCACAUAUGGACUCCUGACGACAAAAGUGGGAAAACCAAUUAGAGUUGUGAAGAACAUUCAUCUGUGUGGAGAUUGUCAUACGUUUUUCAAGCAUGUUUCGUCUAUAACCAAACGAGAGAUUUAUCUCAGAGAUGUUUCGGGUUUUCAUCGUUUUAAAAAUGGUGAAUGCUCUUGCAGAGAUUACUGGUAACUUAAAUUUCAAAUUAACCUUUUGGUGGAACCCAUCUUUUUGAGACUUUGUAGGGUUCUAAUGAGUAUAUAUGUUGUAAUGUAAAUUCUCAGUUAUGGAAGUGAUAGUGUCUCAUGAAAUUUUGUUAGAUGCGAUUUAGUAAAAUCGCAGAAAGUACAUUCAUACUUUCUGCCGCAUAAUCUUGAACUCUAGACUGCGGACUUGAACCUCUCACUCUCACCUCACCUAUGAGUGUCAUGCCCCGACUCCUGACCGAAAAACAUAAAAAAGGGAAGAACUUACGGAGUUUCCUGUAACUUGAGAGAGAGAGAGAGAGAGAGAGAGAGAGAGAGAGUGAGAGAUGGAUUUCAAACUUGCAGCAUUGAAGCUGACGAGUGGACAGAUGAAGGAUGUUUUAACUUCAAGAUCUGGCAUGACUUUUGGUGGUACACUUUUCCAGAGAGCUUGGGUUCAGGGAACUCUGGUUGCAGAAAUAAAAAAAGGGUAUUUCUAUCUAGAUGAUGGAACUGGGAUUACAGAACUUCAACUUUCCAACGAACACUUCCUCCGAAACUGGAAAAUAGGAAUGUAUGUGAUGGUUGUUGGUUUGCUCGUAAUGCGUACAGGUGAAUCUCCAUUGAUCAGGGUUCACAAAAUGGUUGAUCUUUCUGGGUCUCCUGAUAGAGAAGCAAUGUGGUACCUGGAAGUGAUUGAAGCUUACAAACUGUUUUAUGAUCUCUCAUUUGAAGAAUGAACCGUCAUUUUGUGUCUAUACUAUUACUAGGUGUUCAAUGCUGCUCAACUUGAUGGCCUCUAUAACCGAGUUAGUUAGUUUAAUAUGUAGAUACUUUUUACUCUUUAUCGUUAUUUGUCCUCCUUUUGGAAUCAUAGAUUCACCUAGAAUUCCUAGUAUUCCUCUGCGUACACUCACCAACAUUGCAUAUUACAAAGUCCAAAGAUGACAAUCCAUUCACUCAAUUUGAAAGUUCUGUUUGUUAGACUACCUCUCAGACUAACUCUUACAACCCUUCAACUUGGGACGAAGAGAAAAAAUGAUAGUUACCCAAGCAAUCUCUGUUCUAUUCCAGUUUAUUUAAUCGUUAUUCUUAUUUUA